AUGUCUGGUGCAUCUCGAACUUCACGGGAUCAAGACGAAAUAAUCAGCGAAUUGGAACAACGACUCAUGAUGGUCAAUGGUAUCGGUGGUGCGCCUAAUAAGAAAAAUCAAAAAUCCAAACUGGAUUCGAGUCAAAUCAAUGAUGGUGAUUUCGAAAAGAUUAUGAAUGGUCUUCGUGAAGGUGCAUACGUGACAUUUGAUGGACCGCAGUCAGCGAAACGUUACAGUGGUGCGCCAGUUGGCUUGACUUCUAAAGGCGGCGGUAUUCCACCUCCGGUCGAACCAAAACCACGCAUUGUUCACGAAGUUGAUAGGGAACGUUCCUGA